AUGUCUUUCUCUUUUUCGAAACUUUUGAAUCACUGGAUAGGUUUCAAAGAGAAAACGCAUGAGACGCCGAAAAUUUUUAUGGUUAAUUUGUAUCAAGAAGAUGCUGUUGGAAAACUUAUCUGGCCCGGAUACGGAGACAAUAUUCGAAUGUUGGAAUGGAUAUUCAAUAGAUGUGUUGCCCCUGAGAAAGCGACUACAUUAUCAACGGCCAUAGGACUUCUUCCACAAAAAUUAAAUACAGAGGGACUCAAAGGCGAAUUUUCACCUUUAUUUGCCGUAGGAAAACAAUUUUGGACGAAAGAAAUCACACAAAUUUACUCGUUCCUUUCUGCAGAAAUGGGAAGCAAAAUGCUACCCGCCGUUAAAACCGUACUUGAUAACCUUAUCAAUCGCAUUGCCACUAUGAGUUGA